UUGAAAAGUCAUCAUGUCAAGACCUUCUAACACUUCAUCACACAUUUCCAUCUUCUCCCUUUCAACAAUGGAAAAUUUUCCCUAUAACUCAAACCCUAACCCUAAUAAUGGAGAUAUUUACAGCUCCAAUUUCAUCGGUACACCGGAAAAUUUUGAGCUAUCCGAUUAUCUCUUGCCUGAAGAUGGAUCCGCUGAUGAUUUUUUGUCACAAAAUGAAUUUGUUCAAAGUGUUUCCAGCAAUGGAUCAUAUUCCAAUAAUCUCACUCCAACCACUCAUAACAUAAAAUGUACAAAAGGUGUAAUAAAGAAGUACAACAAGGUGGAUGCAAAGUCUAGGGUUGCAUUUAGAUUUAAAUCAGAGAAGGAGGUGUUGGAUGAUGGAUUUAAAUGGAGGAAAUAUGGCAAGAAGAUGGUCAAGAACAGUCCAAAUCCAAGGCAUUACUACAAAUGCUCAAGUGGAGGAUGUAAUGUGAAGAAGAGAGUAGAAAGGGACAAUGCAGACUCAAGUUAUGUCAUCACUACUUAUGUAGGAAUUCACAAUCAUGAAGGCCCUUUUCAUCUUAACUACACACAAUUCCCUCCCAACAAUAUUCCUACUCAUGGCCUUCAUAACCUUCACAACCUUCACCUCUAGAACUUCUUUUUAUUUUAUUAUUUUGGUUAUCCCUUUUUAAUAUUUUGGAUCUUUUCUUUUUCUUUAUAAGAAGUUUGUAAUUAGAUUGGUCCAAACAUUUGGUAUUGGGCCUGAGAAAGAUAUGAGUGUGGCCCUUCAUGACAUUGGAUGAUUUACAAGAAUGACCUUGGAGGUGGACGGUUUUGAACUUUUGACCUCGCUUGUCCCAUGGGCAAAAUUUUAAGUUAAACGAUGUUUUACUUUUGAGUUUUGACCUUGAAGAUUUACUCAUGGGGCAAGCAGGGGUCAAAAGUUCAAGACCACUCAUUUUUAAGGUCAUUAGAUAUAAUUUCCUGCAGUC